AUGGAAAAAAAUACAUUCGAUGUCAUUAUCGUCGGAGCCGGGAUCAGCGGUAUCAAUGCUGCCUAUCGCCUGCAACAAACCCUCCCAGACUACUCAUAUGCCAUCCUGGACGGGAAGAGUCGGUUGGGGGGGACAUGGGACCAGUUCAAAUAUCCUGGAAUCAGGUCGGAUUCGGACCUUUUCACCUUUGGGCUGCCUUGGGAGCCGUGGCAGCAUGAUCGUGCCAUUGCAGAAGGCAAGGAUAUUCUCAGCUAUCUUGAAUGCGCCGCUACCAAAUACGAGAUUGACAUGCAUUUCAAAUUCGGACACAUGGUGCUUUCGAUGGAUUGGUCGUCAUCAAAUCAACUUUGGAAGCUGGAAGUUACUGUCGGCGGAGAACGGAGAUAUCUUCACGCACGCCAUGUUCUACUGGGUACGGGCUAUUACGACUACAAGCGUGGGCUGAACACUGCGAUUGAAGGAAUCGAGAAAUUCCAGGGUACUGUCGUGCAUCCCCAGUUUUGGCCAGAGGACCUUAACUAUGUUGACAAGAGGGUCGUCGUCAUCGGCAGCGGCGCCACCGCUGUGACACUUCUUCCCAGUAUGGCCGACAAGGUCAAAUCAAUCACCAUGCUGCAGAGAUCACCUGGGUACUUUGUCCGCAUCCCCAUUGUCGACCCACUCGUCACUCUCAUCAAGCGAUGGCUCCCGCUCAAAUGGGCAAAUCCGAUGAUCCGGAUGAUGUACUUUACGAGGGCCAUCAUAUUCUACAACUUCUGCCGAAUGUUUCCUGAGCGGAUGAUCAACUUCCUUCGCAAGAACACUGAACGGCAGCUCCCUGAGCAUCUCCCUUAUGACCCUCACUUCAAACCCAAGUACAACCCUUGGGAGCAACGAAUGUGUAUUUGCCCCGGAGGAGACUUUUUUGACUGCCUGCGAAGUGGUAAGGCCCAUGUGGUCACCGAUACUAUCAACACGGUGACAGAAUCCGGCAUCAAACUCGACUCCGGAGCAGAGCUCGAUGCUGACAUUAUCGUCACCGCAACUGGGCUAAAGGUGCAGUUUGGAGGUGCCAUUAAGCUCUCUGUGGAUGGAACCCCGGUGAACGUACCCGACAAAUUUAUAUGGCGAGGUAUCAUGUUACAAGACGUUCCUAACCUUGCCUUUGUCUUUGGCUAUACUAAUCAGUCCUGGACCCUUGGUGCUGAUGCCGCUGCUCAGCUUUGGGUACGUCUGUUGAAAAGAGCUCACAGUAGAGGCAUGAACAGCGCGAUCCCCCGCGUGGAUGCAAAGGAUGGCGUUCGUGAGAAAUUCAUCAUGGAUCUACUGUCAAGCUCCUAUGCCAAGGCCGCAAAGGAGGCGAAUGUCCUACCGAAAGGUGGCGAUCGGGGUCCCUGGUUGCCUAGGAGACUCUGGUUGAAGGAUAUCUUGCAUGCGAAGUAUGGCGACAUUUCGACCGGUUUACAGCUAGUUAGAAUAUAG